UGAAAGCACAUCGACGGAGAAAGAAGCGAGCAGGACGCUAACAAGUCAGUCUUAUUAUUUGUUCUCCAGUUUGAAAUAUUUACGUCGUAUAAAAUACAUAUUUGAUUAUUUAUUCAAGGACGAAGUCGUCUCGAUGCGCUAGAAGCACUGUGCCGCUUCUCCUGCUAUCUUUGCUUGUUAGUUAGCUUAGCUCGCUAGUUAGCUUAGCUUGUUAGCUGCUAACAGAAGUUAUCAACACGUCGCUAAGUAGAGAUCAAGUGUGAGAGUAAAGUGUUGUGAUUGUGUGAAAAUGUCUACAUUACAAAUGUUGAGAGCGUUGGUGGAUCAGCGACUAACUGCUGCCGCUGAAGAAAUAUUUGUAGUGUUAGAAAGAACGAUAGCAGAAUACGAGGCGGAACUUUCUAGAACAAAAGAGGUGAACAAUCGACUACUGGACGCUGUUUUCAAGAAACAUCAAGUUGUGUUACGCAGAACAGACGUCGAAGAAGAUCAUCUUCCUCAUGAGCAGGAAGAAGAGCCACAGCACCACCACAUUAAAGAGGAAGAAGAGGUACCACAUUCCCAUCACAUUAAAGAGGGAUGGGAGGAGCCACAGCCCCCCCAUAUUAAAGAGAAACACGAGACGCCACAGACCCAUAGUGUUAAACUGUCCCUUCACAUUAAAGGUCAAGUAGCGGACCCACUGACCUUACACAGCAAAAAUGAAGAGGAGGACCCACUGACCCCUCACUUUAAGGAGCAAGAGAACCCGCUGACCCCUCACAUUAAAGAGGAAAAGGAGGACCCACUCACCCCCUACUUUAAAAAGGAAGAGGAGGACCAAGAGCCGCUGCACAUUAAAGAGGAAGAGGAGGAACACCGCAUCCGUCAGCCUAAAUGGUUGGUGGAGUUCCCAGUGACUGGUGUCCCUGUGAAGAGUGAAGAUGGUGAGGUCAAAGGUGAAAGUGAGGAAAAGAGAGAGGCGGAGCCUCCAAGCAGCAGCUCAACACAACACAUGACAACAGAAGCUGAUGGAGACCACUGUGGAGGAUCACAAGCAGACCAGCUCAAAGAUGAUAAGACAUGUCACACUGACAACACUCACUUGAAAUGUUCUCACUGUGACACAACAUUUAAAUACCAUAGUCUUCUGAAAAGACACAUGAGAAGACACACUGGAGAAAAACCUUUUUGUUGCUCAGAAUGUGGCAAAUGUUUAGUAACAAGUCAAAAUUUGAAAGUGCACAUGAGAAUACACACUGGUGAAAAACCUUUUUCUUGUUCAAUCUGUGGUAAAGGUUUUGCACAAAGCUCAUGUUUGGUAAAACACAGGAGAACGCACACCGGAGAAAAACCUUAUAUCUGUUCAAUGUGUGGUAAAGGUUUUACACAGAGCCGUUGUUUGAAAAGACACAAGAGGGUGAAAAAUCACAGUCCUAUUCUAUCUGCAAAAGAAGCUUUUGUGACCAAUCAAACCUUGUAGCACACACGAGGACACACCCAGGAGAGAAAGUGGUGAGUUGCAGUGUGUGUGGUGAAAGAUUGUCUUCUAAGUACCAGUGUAAGAAACACAAGUGUGCUGGUGAGAACAGCAGCAGCAAAUGAAACUGCAGGCUUUGAAAUAAACUGUCAAGAUUUUAAUUUGGACUUUCUAACAACAUCAGCACAUAUAACAUGUGUGACGUUGUUUGUGCAACAAUCUUUUUAAUAUGUUUCUACAUUUAUAGAUUAGAUAUUUUAUAUCAGUGAUGUUUUCAGUCAAGUACAUGCAUUAAUAUGCAACAUUGUGUACUUUUGUUAAAAAUUGAACAGAACAAUUUGACUGAAAAAGUGAGAGUAAACAGUACAAGACAUAUUUUACAUACAAUAAACAUUUGAUGUGUAUAUAUAUUCAUAUAACAAUUAUAGACGUAUUCAUAGUAGUGUUUUCUAUAGGUGUUUGAAAUAUUUAAGUAUUAAAUAUUUGUAUUUCUAAUUGUUAAUGAUCCCAUAGAUUAUGAUAUACAUAUUUAUUGGUUCACAUCUGAAACAUCUUCUGGACCACUUCAGGAAGCAUAUUAUUAUUUACUUUAUACAUCAUUUGAACAGUUGUCUUUUACGUGUAGCUAUGAUAAAGGACACAUGUUUUAUUAUUCAUAGUUUUCUUAACAGUAAUAUAAUAUUCUUAUAUGCUAUAAGUCAGUGGUCCCCAACCUUUUUGUACUUGCGGACCGGUCAACGCUUGAAAAUUUGUCCCACGGACCGGGGGGGAGGGGGAAAGGGGCUAGUCAAAAAAAAUGUGUUUGUUUUUUUUGCUUGUUUUUUUGUCAUAAAGAAAUACAAUCAUGUGUGCUUACGGACUGUAUCCCUGC